AUGGAUCCGGAGCAGACGUUCCUGCGGGUGCACGCGCGCCUAUCGGGGACGCUGUCCCAGCUGCUCACGCCGCGGAUCCGCCUCGCGCUCGAGUACCUCUACCUCGCCGGCGCCGUCGCGCUCUUCUGCCUACUCGUCGUCAUGCACACCAACUUCGUGCAGCAGCCUGGCUGCUCAAGUGAGUUUUCUGGAAUUGAAUUUGGAGAAGCACAACUUGUCCAAAUCAAGAUUAUCAGUGGGGGAUUAUGGUCCAGCAGAGGUGCUUCUUACAUCAUGGAUCUCCAGAACCUGGGACGUUCAGCUGAGAAAAUUUUAGAGGUUAAUGGUGAUAAGUUCAACAUUUUGGCAUCUAAGUUUUGGUCAACCUGGUUUGGCCCUGGAGCUAGGAGGAGUAAGCUAAUGUUUAGAACUUGGAAAGGAGACAAAGAAUUUGAACCUCAAUCAGAGAAUACAGCUGACACAACUGUUACCACAACUAUUCCAGGCUUACCAGAUUUGAAGGCAGCCGGAGAGGGUUCUGUACACCACCCUUUAUCGGCUAAGGAGUCAUUUAAAGCAGCAGUGACAUAUUUGUUCAGAAAAUGGUACCAUCGUGCUGUCUCAUUCUGGAAGAAUAUAAAGCAACUUUCAGAAAAUACCCUCCAGUUGAUGGUCAGAUCAAAUUGGAAUGACUUCCUCCAUAUUGUUAAGGAUCUUCAACUACCAAGCAUGGAUCAUCUUAUUUCGACAAUAGUGCAGUGGUUUGAGAGGAGGAGUAAAGCGUUUGAGCCUACUUAUUUAUAUGGCGUGGAGAAGGGUUAUUUCUUGCUUUCUGAAGGUGCUAAAAUUCGUCAUGGUGUCCGAACAAUCAAUAUCACAAUUUCUGCUCGAAAUCCUUGCUUUGGAAACAGGUGGCAGCAGCUUUUGAUAAACAGCAUUGUUGGAUAUGAUACUAUACUUACAAACAGCUUGGUGAAUUCUCCUGGUCAUGGUUAUUUAUACAACUUUCAGACAAAGGAGCUCUAUGAUCUCAGUUAUGGGCAUGAACCACCAGAAGGUCCUACAAGAUUUGGAGAUUACUUUGUGACAAAAUGUGGUGUCCUUCUAAUGUCACUCUUUGUCUUUUUCACAACCACCAUGUCUGUUUCAUUUACUCUGAGAGAAACGCAAUCCCGCAUGCUUAGGUUCACAGUGCAGCUUCAACACCAUGCACGCCACCACCUGCCAACUUUUCAGUUGAUAUUCGUGCAUGUCAUCGAAUCAUUGGUUUUUGUUCCGAUUAUGAUUGGGAUCCUCUUUUUUCUAUUUGAGUUCUACGAUGAUCAAUUGCUUGCGUUUCUUGUUUUGACUCUUGUAUGGUUAUGUGAGCUGUUCACGAUGAUCAGUGUGCGGACAUCCAUAUCGAUGCAGUUCUUUCCACGCUUCUUCUUGCUCUAUUUUUUGGUUUUCCAUAUCUACUUCUUCUCAUAUACUUAUGGCUUCUCAUAUCUGGCUUUCUCUGCUACGGCAGCAUUCAUGCAGCACCUUAUUUUAUAUUUUUGGAACCGUUUUGAGGUGCCAGCUCUCCAGAGAUUCAUGCGAAGUCGAGCUCACAUUCACCAGCAGACAGGUGUCCAGAUUACAUCCUCAACUAUCUACUCUACCUUACACAUUGCUAGGGUAAAUGUGAGGGACCCUGGUACUAUAAACGAUGGCCUUGGUGCUGCUCGUGAAGCAGAUGCCCUAUUGGUUCAGGAUGAGUCUACCAGGAACCAGCAAGAGGGUCAACAGAAUGGAAUUUCUGAGCCAGCUGCCAACAAUGCUCUCCAGUAUCAAGAGCAAAACACUCAGCAAGCUGGAACCACCCCUACGGGCUCAGGCUCCCUCAACCCAUUUGGGUCCCUUUUGCUGUGGUUGCUAGGAGGCGGUGCUUCUGAUGGCAUAGUUUCUUUCUUCUCUAUGUUCAGAGAUGUCCGUGAUCAUGGUCAAGAUUACACCGAUCCACCUCGAAAUGAAAAUGAUCAGGUGCUGGAGCCUGGAAUAUGCAGUGUUACUGCACCUGUUACUGAAUUGGACAAAUUAAUGGUUUGGAUCCAUCGUUACAUUCUCUACAGUCCAGAGGUACCUCCACUCCACAGCGCAGCCGCAGCAGCGGGCAAACCCAAGCACCCGCCCAAUCCGAUUCGGCUUCCGUCCCAUCUCGCCCGCCCUCGCCUCCGCGGAGAGAUCUGGCGGCGGCGAUGCCACUGGGCGACGGCGCGGCGGGGACUUCGCGCUGCCGGACGAGCUCCUGGCGAGCUGCCGCGGGACCCCUACGAGCAGCUGGAUCUGGCGCGCCGCAUCACCGCGCUGGCGGUGGCGGGGCGGGUGUCCGGGUUGGAGCGGGAGGCGGGGCGCCUGCGGGCGGAGGCCGCGGCCAAGGACCGCGAGAACGCCGAGCUCCGGGACCGGGUGGCGCUGCUCGACACCGCGCUGCAGGAGACCAACGCCAGGCCGCGCGCCGCGCUCGAGGACAAUAUUAAGCUCAGCAAGGAGCGGGACUCGCUGGCGCAGACGUCCAAGAAGCUGGCACGCGACCUGCAGAAGUUGGAGUCAUUCAAGAGGCAUCUGAUGCAGUCAUUGCGUGAUGAUAGUUCAUCACCACAGGAAACAGUUGACAUUACAACGUGUGAUCAGUCAGUACCAUCAAAAGCAUCGUCCAGUGGAGAUGGUGGAUCUGUCAGCCACCCUACAACAAAUAUAUUUAGUGAAUCUUUGGAUGCUGGAAGCACAAACCGAGAUGGUACCGCAACAAGGCCUCCGAUCCAAAAAUAUGCCCUCUCAUCGCACAUCACUCCUCGCCUUACCCCAGAGGCCACUCCUAAAAUAAUGUCCACUUCUGCUUCUCCGAGGCGAAUGUCUACCGCAGCAACACCGAAGUUGAUGUCUGGUGCUACCUCACCAACAAAAUCUCGAAUUGAAGCUCACAUGUCAAUGACACCAUGGUAUCCAUCAAGCAAGCAAUCCUCGGCAGCUAACUCACCUCCACGAGGACGUUCAAACCCAGGUCGGACUCCUCGUAUUGAUGGAAAGGAAUUUUUUCGUCAAGCCAGGAGUCGUCUAUCCUACGAACAAUUUGGAGCAUUCUUAGCCAACAUCAAAGAGCUCAAUGCCCAUAAGCAGUCACGUGAGGAAACUCUCAAGAAAGCUGAAGAGAUAUUUGGUCCAGACAGCAAAGAUCUUUAUCUAUCUUUCCAAGGCUUGCUAAAUCGUAGCAUGCCAUAG